AUGGACGCGUAUCCCGGUUACAGAGAGCCUCCGCUCGCUCGCUCGCCGACAGAGAGGAGCAAUUGGAGUGGACGUGACGAUACCUAUAGGACUGAACAGCGUCCUGAGUCGCGCGACAAGUUCUAUCGUGGCCGUUCUCCAGGCGCAGACAGACGGCGAACACGGGAUCGAUCCCGUUCACCAGCAGCCGUCGACCGUUACGAGCCAUCAAGUCGCACAUCACGCGACGAUUAUGGCUCUAGAGGUGGUGACAGAAGGGACCGAGGAGACCGAUCAGAGCGAGAUCGCGACGAGCGUCGACGCCCGUCUCCUGGCCCGGCAAAUAUCGACCGAUAUGUUCCUGGCCAAGACUCAAGUCCUGCUAUCACACAAAAUCCAUUGGCGGAUCCAGCCUCGUUAGCAUUUCAAGUGGGAUUUUCCUACUUCGCAGAGUGGUGGCGAACAAAUGAGAAGAUUAAGGAAGAUAAAGAGCGUGCAAGGUCUGGCCGUCGCGGAGAACCACUACGACCUCGCGAUUCUCAAGAAGACCGCGACAAGGAGAAGGCACGGAUUCAGGUCGCAUAUGAUGCGUACAAGGAAGAACUUCAAGCUAAGAUGGCGCGAAACUUCGUGCAAGAACACAAGGCUGAGCAGUGGUUCCAAGAACGCUAUUUUCCAGAAACCCGAGAUGCUUUGCGGGUUCAGUUGAACGAGUUCCGUCGCGGCAAUUAUAGUCUAUGGGAGCAAGAUCUGGAAUCUGGAACUUUUGACGAAUAUUCCUUAGAGGGUAUUCCAAAAAGUGAAAGUAAUGGACUUGGAGGUGUUGUUGAGAAAGAAGAAGGUGAAGCGACAGCGACCAAUGAGGUUCUCGGUAUUGGUGACUUGGUACCAACUCGAGGUAGCGACAUCAGAGACGAAAAUGCUUUUCAACCAACCCUUCUCAUCAAGACCAUUGCGCCACAUGUUACCCGUCAGAAUUUAGAAGCAUUUUGCAAAGAGCACUUGGGCGAGGACGAAGGUGGCUUCAAGUGGCUAAGCUUGAGUGAUCCAAAUCCAAGCAAGCGCUUUCAUCGUAUUGGUUGGGUUAUGCUUCACCCCGCACCUGACUCUGUACCAAUCGUCGACCGACCAGAGAUGAAAGAUGAAGAAGGAGAUGUCAUCCCCGUUCCUGCCGUACCACUCAGUACAGCUGAAAAAGCCCUCGAAGCAAUCAACGGCAAGACUGUCAAAGACGAAGCUCGUGGAGAUUUCACCUGCCAUGUUGGUGUUCAUGUACCACCCAGCUUGCCUCGUAAAAAGGCUCUUUGGGAUUUAUUUUCCGCUCCUGAAAGGAUUGAAAAAGACCUUGAGUUGGCCCAGCGCCUUGUGAGUAAAUAUGAGGAAGACUUUGGUUCGGAUUUCAAUGCUGUAUUAAAGAUCGAGGAACGAGUAGAGGACCUGAGAAGCUCUGGUCGGCUGUUACCGCCAGUAACCGCUCCAGCUCCAGAUAAGAAGGUCAAGAAGGAACGUGAUCCCGGUGAUCUUGAUGCGGAAAUGGAAGUUGAAGAAGGCGAAGAAGAUGAAGACGAGGAUGAGGGUGCUUUUGAUGAAGAAGUUGACGACGAAGAGCUUCUUGUCAAGAAGAAGCAACUUGAUCUCAUGGUUGAAUAUCUUCGCCGAGUUUACAAUUUCUGUUUCUUCUGUGUCUUCGAGAGCGACUCAAUCCACGAACUUACCAGAAAAUGCCCUGGCGGUCAUUUGAGACGGCCUCGUAACACUUUAACAACUGCUGGAAAAGAAGCAGCGAGAGCUAGUGCUGCAGGUGAAGCUUUCCCCGGCAAAAAGGGGCGUGACCAAGAGGAUGUUGAUAUGGAAGCAACAUUUCCUGACGGCGAACGCAAAUUCUCUCGCAAUAAUCCGACCUCCAAGUCUGAGCAGCAACUUUCGCGUGCUUUUAAUUGGGUCAAGACUUUCGAGGACAAAAUUAUGCAGAUAUUGGAGCCUGAGUCGGUUGAUAUACGCAAGCUUGGUGGUAAACCAAUUGAGGAUGCGCUCAAAGAGGAUCUGAUCAAAUAUGUAAAACAGGAGGACGAGCACAAGUUCCGUUGUCGUGUGCCUGAAUGUACAAAGUUGUUCAAGGAAGAGCACUUCUGGCGAAAACACGUGGAGAAGCGUCAUCCGGAAUGGCUCGAGGGUUUGAAGAAAGACUUUGAACUUGUCAACACUUACGUUAUUGACCCGUCCCACAUAGCUCCAUCAAGAUCAGAUGCCAACAGCAACGGUCAUUUCCCGCCUGCCAAUGGACAUAUGCCUGCUGGCACCCCGCGUGGUUUCAACCUUCAGAACUUUGGGAUAGGAGGUCUUCCAUCCAUGCCCGGAUUUCCUCCAGGAAACUUUCCAAAUUUCUUGGCCAAUGGUGGCAUGCCUGGUCUUGGUUGGCCUGCUGGGGCUGGCCGUGGUGGUGGCCCAGAUCGCCGGGGUGGUCGACAAUUCCAGAACAACUCCAGAACCAACCCAUACGAUCGCUCACAGCGAGGUCAGCGGUAUGGAGAGAAUGGUGGUGGUAGACUCAGCCCUCCACCAGGAGCUCGCCGUGGAGGUUCCAUGGGAGGUAGUGGUGGCAGAUGGGGUGAUGGAGCUGCUGGCGGUGCCGCAGUAGGACCUAGAGAAGCAGUUGCGGGUAGAAGUCUCAAAUCUUAUGAAGAUCUAGACGCUGUUGCUGGUGGUGGAUCUGGCGAACUCAAUUAUUGA